AUUUGUUUAUUUCUGCUAGCAAUCCACCAUCUCUAAUAUUUCCAGACUUGAACAAGGAUUUAAACCUUGAUAACGAGAAUGAAUAUUAUAAUAUUAGUAAUCCGUAUGAUCCGAGUGAAUUUCCUAUUGCAUAUGACUCAGAACUUAAGAUUUCUAAUAUUACAUGUAAUACACCUGUUGAUAAGUUGAUGGAAUCAUGCAAUGAUAAUAUUAAUUACACUAGUAAUGGUUGUUGGGCUUUUUCACCGUUUAAUUUUUCCGAGAGGAUAAAGUUUUAUGAGGAAAAGUUACAAUGCGAUGAUUCAUUAUGUAAUAUACGUAUGUUGAAUAAUUCUUAUAAGGCUAUUAUAUUAAAUAUUACUUUAAAUGUAUCGUCAUCCACUGAUCAUUUGGCUGUAAGGUUUAAUUUUGCUUUUCCGGAUAUGAAUACUAAAAUUCCUCCACGUUUGAGAUUUAAUAUGAACCCAUUUAACAAGGGACAGUUGGUUAUAUUCAAAUUUUCUACUACUAUAAGGAGAAAACAUAAUUCUCUGUUAGCUAAAAUGUUUGGAUUUGAACCUGAUUUAGUGGAGGUAUUUAUUAAUAUUGAAACAAAAGAACUUCAACAAACUUUAAAUUCCUCAUAUACUAUGAUAUUGCAGCCAAAAGACAAUAUUACAUAUUAUGAGGAUUACAUUUCUCAUCAUAGUAUUAGUUCUAUCGUUUCAAGUACUGGUGGUCUUUAUGGAGCACUUAUUGGAAUAUAUGUUCUACUUUUUGGAUCUGCAAAGCUCUCCCCUUGGGGUAUCGUACAAAAAUAUGCUUGCUGUUGGAAUCUUCGAAUUCCUUUGGUUGAAAAUCCAUCCAAAUUGCCUCCAAAUGCUACUGUAGAAAAUAGAGUUGCAACAUUAGAAACAUUAUUAAGGGAGUUUUUUUUGGAUGACAGUUCUUUAAAUGAUAUUGUUGUAAAUGUCAAUGAGAAUAAUACUUUUGAUGAAUGA